GUGGGAAGCCAUCCACCCGACUGGAGUUUGAGCCCCAAUAUUUUGGCAUCCCAGCUUGCUAGGGUCCAGCGCGGCGGGACCGCCAUCCCGGCCGCCGGCCGCAGGUGGCAGCAUCGGGCCCGCGGUCCUUCUCCGUCCGGCCUGCGCGGUGCAGUGUCUCUGGCUGGCGGCGUCUAGGGCCAGCGCCGAGCAGGCCGGGAGCAGUGGCGGAGGCCACACCCCGCGGCCCGGGCGCUUCCCGCCGGUGAAUCAUCGCCCGAAGCUGCGGCUCCGCAGUCCGCUGCAGCGCCCCGGGCCUGGCCGCGCCCCAGCCGAGCGCAGCGCGCCUGACUCCGCACCCCGCACCCUGCGCAUUGCGCCUGCCGGGCGGGUACCAUGGCGGGCAUCGCAGCCAAGCUGGCCAAGGACCGCGAGGCGGCCGAGGGGCUGGGGUCGCACGAAAGAGCGGUCAAGUAUCUCAACCAGGACUACGAGACGCUGCGGAACGAGUGCCUGGAGGCCGGGGCGCUCUUCCAGGAUCCCUCCUUCCCCGCCCUCCCGUCGUCUCUGGGCUUCAAGGAGUUGGGGCCCUACUCCAGCAAAACUCGGGGCAUCGAGUGGAAGCGGCCCACGGAGAUCUGCACUGAUCCUGAGUUCAUCGUUGGAGGAGCCACCCGCACAGACAUCUGCCAAGGAGCCCUGGGGGACUGCUGGCUGCUGGCCGCCAUCGCCUCCCUCACUUUGAAUGAAGAAAUCCUGGCUCGAGUUGUGCCCCUAGACCAGAGCUUCCAGGAAAACUAUGCAGGGAUCUUCCACUUCCAGUUCUGGCAGUAUGGCGAGUGGGUGGAGGUGGUGGUGGAUGACAGGCUGCCCACCAAGGAUGGGGAGCUGCUGUUUGUGCACUCAGCAGAGGGGAGAGAGUUCUGGAGCGCUCUGCUGGAGAAGGCCUAUGCCAAGAUCAAUGGGUGCUAUGAAGCACUCUCAGGGGGCGCCACCACCGAGGGCUUUGAAGACUUCACAGGAGGCAUUGCUGAGUGGUAUGAGUUGAAGAAGCCUCCUCCCAACCUGUUCAAGAUCAUCCAGAAGGCUCUACAGAAAGGCUCUCUGCUUGGCUGCUCUAUCGAUAUCACCAGCGCUGCCGACUCCGAGGCCGUCACGUACCAGAAGCUGGUGAAAGGACACGCGUACUCGGUCACCGGAGCCGAGGAGGUUGAAAGUUCAGGAAGCCUACAGAAACUGAUCCGCAUCCGCAAUCCCUGGGGACAAGUGGAGUGGACCGGGAAAUGGAACGACAACUGCCCCAACUGGAACACUGUUGACCCAGAAGUGAAGGCAAAUCUGACUGAACGACAGGAGGAUGGGGAGUUCUGGAUGUCUUUUGGUGACUUUCUAAGGCACUACUCCCGUCUGGAGAUCUGCAACCUGACCCCUGACACCCUCACUAGUGACUCCUACAAGAAGUGGAAGCUCACCAAGAUGGACGGGAAUUGGAGGCGAGGCUCCACAGCAGGGGGCUGCAGAAACUAUCCAAACACCUUCUGGAUGAACCCUCAGUACUUGAUCAAGCUGGAGGAGGAGGAUGAGGACCAGGAGGACGGGGAGAAUGGUUGCACUUUCCUGGUGGGCCUUAUCCAGAAACAUCGGCGACGGCAGAGGAAGAUGGGCGAGGACAUGCACACCAUUGGCUUUGGCAUCUACGAGGUUCCAGAGGAGCUAACCGGCCAGACCAACAUCCACCUUGGCAAAAACUUCUUCCUCACCACCCGAGCCAGGGAGCGGUCAGACACCUUCAUCAACCUCCGGGAGGUGCUCAACCGCUUCAAGCUGCCCCCGGGAGAGUACAUCGUCGUGCCUUCCACCUUUGAACCCCACAAGGAUGGUGAUUUCUGCAUUCGUGUCUUCUCAGAGAAGAAAGCUGACUACCAGGCUGUUGAUGAUGAAAUUGAGGCCAACAUUGAAGAGAUUGACGCCAAUGAGGAGGACAUCGAUGAUGGGUUCAGAAGGCUGUUUGCUCAGCUGGCUGGGGAGGAUGCAGAGAUCUCGGCCUUUGAGCUGCAGACCAUCUUGAGAAGAGUUCUAGCCAAGCCACCAGGGAAGACUUGGUUGGAGGAGACUCUGAAGUGACAAGAGAGGACAAAGUUUCCAGGGUCUGGAGAUGAAGGAUCACAUCCACCUUCUACCUACUUGCUCUGUGGUCUAAACCAAGUUAUACAGACUGUCUGACUUACUUGUUUCCUUAACUGCAAAAUAUGAGUAUCUUGACCUCCCCCCAUCAGUGGUUGAACAUCAUUUCAUGAGGUAACAUGUAAAACCUGCCUGGCACAGAGCCUGCACUCCAUAAAUGGAAGUUAUAAUGACUAAUUGGUAGGAAAAAGCUAAGUAAACCCAGAUGAUGGACACCAGA